GUAAAUAUUGUCUGAUAUAAUAUUUGAUACCUGUAUUUACAAAUAAUUAAUUUAACGACGUAUUUAGUACUGGUAAGCAGAUUGUCAUGUAUGAAGGAUACUCAUACCUUUGUUUGUCAAAUUACAAAAUUAUUGGGCAUUUUUAUCUGUAUCUUUCAUUCGUAAUGAAUUGCAGUUUGAAAUACGACAUAAUCGAUAAAAAAUGUCAAAGAUAAUGUAUCAUUUUCCAUAUUUCUGCUGAGACCAAUGAUGCCACAAGUUCUUUUCAAUAAGUGCUUUGUGUAGAACCUUGAUAUCAAGGGAUGCAAGUGGGCGGCAGGGCAAUUGUUUGUUGUGUUUGCGUGGCCGGCUGGUUCGUGUGCGGGGAGUGGAAUCCGCGCUCGCAAGGCCCUAUAUACCCGCGCUCGGGUUCCAACGACUGGUUGAAUAUUUUCCCUACUCAACUCAAGGCUUCAUUCAUCUGCAUAGUGGAAGGCAAUACUUGAACAUUUUACAGCGAGUCAAACGUGAACGGAAAAGAAAGCUAAGAUGUCCAAGGUUGAAAUUCUACAUGCCGGUUCUGGGAAGAGCCUCUUCACUCUAAAUGCGGCGCCGUCCACCUCCAUUCUGGAGCUGAAGAAGCAGGUGUGUGAGAAGCGGAAGGGCCUGUACCCAGGCAGGGUGGACCUGAAACCCAAACAGCGCGGAAAAGGCUACGGCGACUCGGACACUCUGGCCUCGCUGGGUCUGCACGCGGGCACCAAGCUCUACCUGAAGGACCUGGGACCGCAGAUCGGCUGGGUGACGGUGUUCCUGGCUGAGUACGCCGGACCUCUGGUGCUCUACCUGUGGUGCUUCACCCGGCCCUGGCCCCUGUAUGAUGCCGGAGCCGCCGCCAAGCCCGUCACCACCGCCGCCAAGGUGGCCUGCGCCUGCUGGACGAUCCACUACGCCAAGCGUCUGCUGGAGACGCUCUUUGUGCACCGGUUCUCGCACGCCACGAUGCCGCUGUCGAACCUGUUCAAGAACUGCUCGUACUACUGGGGCUUCACGGUGUUUGUGGCGUAUCAUGUGAACCAUCCGCUGUUCACGCCGCCGGCCCGGCCGCUCUUCAUCACCGGCGUGGUACUGUUCACGCUGGGCGAGCUCGGUAACCUGAGCAUCCACUGGGCGCUGCGUCAGCUGCGGCCGGCCGGCAGCCGCGUGCGCCGCAUCCCCCAGCCCACGGUGAACCCGUUCACGGCCCUCUUCUCGGCCGUCUCGUGUCCCAACUACACCUACGAGUUUGUCAGCUGGCUCGGCUUCACGGUGAUGACGCAGUGUCUGCCGGCGGGCCUGUUCACCGCCGCCGGGAUGUACCAGAUGACCGUGUGGGCGCUGGGCAAACACCGCAACUACAAGAAGGAGUUCCCCGAGUACCCGCGCGGACGAAAGGCCAUCCUGCCCGGUGUGCUGUGAAUAGACGGCCGCCGGAGAUAGGGGGAGAUAGAGAUGGAGACCAGACUGAAGAGGAGACAGACUAGAGACAAGGGGAGACGGUGACGGAGACGGUGACAGAGACAGACUGAUGACGCACAGAGAGAUGGAAUCGUAGACUCAGUUGACAGAGACAGAGACAGUGACAGACAGACCAACAUAAACGCAAUCGAGACGGGAGAAGCGUCGAGAGAAAGAUUGGCGUGUAGUGUAGUGGAUGGUUGGAAAUUGAGGGAGGGAGUGGUAUAAUAUACCUCUGGUAUGUAUCUGACCAGGGGUGCCCAGUACGGGGACGGGCACCAGAGCGGUGACGGGACGGCGCGGUGGGUUGGAGGGACGGGGCGCGGUGGGACGGUGUCACGGUACCUACGAUUACCGCAACUGGGCAUGUGGGGAGAGAAUGGUGGAUCCCUGCUGCUAGCUCACAUCAGUCUGGCCUGAGAUUACGAAUUGUGGUGCAGUUUAUUGAUUUGAGACCAGUCGUUACGUGUGAUUCAACUAGCGGCUCACUGUGGUCAAUAUUGAGCUUCGGGGGUAGCUUUGACCAUUCCAUUAGGGUUUCGGAAGGACAUGGCUGACGACAGUCAAUGAUUUUAGUGGCUCAAGACUGGUCAAUUUGUGUUAUUGCGUCUCGUAGCAUAUUCGUUUGUUGUAGAACGUUGUGUUUGUUUGUCUCAUGCCAUAUGGAUUGGAGGAAUACACGUGAAGUUGCCGCUG